UUCACAUCCUCUUUUCAAUAAGGAAGGUCUACUUCAAAAACCAAGCAAAAUGUUUUCCUUAAAAUCUAUCGUGCUCAUUGCUGUAGUAUUCGUUGGGGCUAAAAGCAGUGCUGUUGUGCCAGCUGUUCCUGCUGCUCCCUUAAUAACACAAGCUCAAGUGGGCUACGCUCAUGCUGUACCACAAAAUAUCGCACCAUAUGCGUCUCAAAUCAGCGUAGUCAGCAAGGCAAUCAAUCCAAUAGUUGCUGCACCUCUAGCAGCUCCAUAUGCUGCAUCUUUUGCUGCUCCAGUUGCAGCGCCUAUCGCCGCAAGAUAUGCACCUGCACCUUACUUUUCUGCUCCGUCGCCUAUCCUUCCAGCACCGUAUAGCGCUGCUCCUUACGGCUAUCCCGCAUCUUUUGCAGCGCCCGCUGCCUAUGCUGCUCCUUUCCCAUACGGUGCGGCUGGACCCUUAGUACGCACUCCUUACGGUUUUGCGCCAGCAUUUGUUCGAUAGAUUUAGAGUAAAACUAUUCGACCUUCCUAA